UGACAGGAAAAAUAAAAUCAGGAGAGAAAAGCUGAGGUGAAAAAUUUAAAUAAUUUGUAAAUCAAUCAGUUUAAUUCUGCUAUGUAGAAGUAAAAUGGAUUUAUGAACUGAAUGGAGUUUGUGUUUGAUGAUUUUCAUCGUCGAGUCAGAGUCAGAGUUUGUUUAAAAAGAAGACAUUUAGUUACAUGUCUAUAAAAUGAGCCUCCACGAGAAAAGAGUGGAGGAGGAGGAUGUUCACACACAUAAAACAGCAUCUCCAGAACCCAGCUGUGUGUCUGUGAAGAGUCAUGCUUCAAUAGGAAUCCCCCUUAAUCUCAGUGAGGCAGCUGUGACUUCUGACCCUGACACUGCCUAUAAAAUGAGUGUCUAUGAGAAGAGCAAGGAGGAGGAUGUUCACACUUAUAAAAAAGCAUCUCCAGAACCCAGCAGUGUGUCUGUGAAGAGUGAUGCUUCAAUAGGAAUCCCCCUUAAUUUCAGUGAUGCAGCUGUGACCUCUGACCCUGAUUUCUGCAGAGUGAAGAGAGAUGAUGUGAUCAGAUCAGUGACGCCUCCUCUGACCUGCACUGACUCUGACAGUCAGAUCAUGAGACAGAGAGUUACAGACAAACACAAAACCAGCAUGAAGAACAAGUAUGAGAGAUUAUUUGAGGGAAUCAAACUAGAAGAGAAUCAAACCCUCCUGACCAGGAUCUACACACAACUCUACAUUAUAGAGGGAGAGAGUGAAGGAGUGAAUGAAGAACAUGAGGUUUUACAGAUGGAGAAAACACCCAGAACACAAGACACUGCAAUAUACUGCAAUGACAUCUUUAAACCCUUACAUGAACCAGGACGUGAAGAGAAAGACAAAAUCAAGACUGCUCUUACUAAAGGCAUCGCUGGAAUUGGAAAAACCGUCUCUGUGCAGAAGUUCAUUCUGGACUGGGCCGAGGGAAAAGCCAAUCAGGAUGUAGAUUUCAUGUUCGUGCUUCCAUUUCGAGAGCUGAACUUGAUUAAAGAUCAUCAGUACAGUCUUCACAGACUUCUGCUGGACUUUCAUCCUGAACUUCAAGAUCUAGACUCAGAGAUCUAUGAUAAAUGUAAAGUUGUGUUCAUCUUUGAUGGCCUGGAUGAAAGCAGAAUGACACUGAUGUUUUCAGAUAGACAGAAAGUUUGUGAUGUGAAUGAGUCUUCCUCAGUGGGUGUGUUGAUGUCAAACCUCAUCAGAGGAGAGCUGCUUCCCUCUGCUCUCAUCUGGAUCACCUCCAGACCAGCAGCAGCCAAUCAGAUCCCCUCAAAAUACAUCAACCGUGUGACAGAAAUUCAGGGAUUCAAUGAGCCUCAGAAGGAGGAAUAUUUCAGGAAGAGAAUCAGUGAUGAGCAUGAAGCCAGCAGAAUCAUCUCACACAUUAGAAGAUCAAGAAGCCUCCACAUCAUGUGUCACAUCCCUGUCUUCUGCUGGAUCUCAGCCACUGUGCUUCAAAACCUCCUGAAACAAGAUAACAGUGCAGAAAUCCCUCAAACUCUGACUGAAAUGUACAUCCACUUCCUGCGGACUCAGAUCAACAUGAAGAGUCAGAAGUAUGAUGAGAGAGAUCCGGAGAAACUCCUGAAGUCCAACAGAGACAUGAUAUUAAAACUUGCUCAACUGGCAUUCAAACAGCUGAUGAAGGGCAAUGUGAUGUUCUAUGAGGAGGACCUGAUUGAGAGCGGCAUAGAUGUCACUGAGGCCUCAGUGUAUUCUGGGAUUUGCACUGAGGUCUUUAAGGAGGAAUCUGUGAUUCAUCAGAGAAAAGUCUUCUGCUUCAUACACCGGAGCUUUCAGGAGUUUCUAGCUGCUUUCUUCCUGUAUUAUUCACAUGCAGUCAGGAGCAUGAAAACACUGAAAAUGUUUCUGAAAGGCUAUAAGUGGUACAGUCGAGAAAUCGAUCUGUUUCAGCUACUAGAAGGCACUAUUGAUAAAUCCUUACAGAGUGAAAAUGGACACCUGGAUCUUUUCCUACGGUUCCUACUGGGCAUCUCACUGGACUUCAGUCAGAGGCUUUUACAGGAUCUACUGACACACACAAUGAACAGCUCAGAGACCAUCAAGAGAAUUGCAAAGUACAUUAAAGAAACAAUAAAUGGUGAUAAAUGUAUCUCAUCUGACAAAUGCAUCAAUCUGUUCCUCUGUCUGCUGGAAAUGAAUGAUCAGACUCUGUACAGAGAGAUUCAGAAGUUUGUAAAAUCAGAGAAUCACUCAGCGAAUCAUCUUUCUCCUGGUCACUGCUCAACAAUCGCCUACAUGCUGCAGAUAUCAGAGAAGGUGCUGGAUGAGUUUGAUCUGAAGAAGUUCAAUACAUCUGAUGAGGGUAGAAGGAGACUGAUACCAGCUGUGGUGAACUGCAGAAAAGCACUACUUGCUUACUGUAAUCUCACUGAUCAGUGCUGUGAAAGUUUGUCUUCAUGUCUACAAUCAUCAGUCUCACUGAUAGAGCUAGACCUGAGUAACAAUGACCUGCAGGAUUCAGGAGUGAAGCUGCUCUCUGAUGGACUGAAGAGUUCACACUGUCAACUCAACAUACUGAGAUUAUCUGGCUGUAUGGUGACAGAGGAAGGCUGUGGUUUUCUGGCUUCAGCUCUGAGUUCAAACCCCUCACACCUGAGAGAGUUGGAUCUGAGCUACAAUCACCCAGGACAAUCAUUAGUCAAGCUGCUCUCUGAUCCAAACUACAGACUGGACACACUCAAUGUGGAUCAUGCAGGAGACUUCAGGAUUAGAACAGGAUUACAGAAAUAUGAAUGUGAUCUCACACUGGAUCCAAACACAGCCAACACUCGUCUAAUUCUGUCUGAAAGGAACAGAAAGGUGAAACUUGUGAUAGAGAAGCAGCCGUAUCCUGAUCAUCCAGAGAGAUUUGAUGAGUUUCAUCAGGUUCUGUGUAGAGAGAGUCUGACUGGACGCUGUUACUGGGAGGCUGAAUGGAGCGGAGAGGGGGUUAAUAUAUCAGUGACAUAUAAAGGAAUCAACAGGAAAGGACUGAGUGAGGACUGUAGUUUUGGAUACAAUAAAAAGUCCUGGAGUCUGAUCUGUUUUAAAGAGAGUUUAACUAUCAAAUACAAUAAUAAGAGCACAAUCUUAUCUGUCCCUUCAUUCUCUAACAGAGUAGGAGUGUAUCUGAACUGGUCGGCAGGCAUUCUGUCCUUCUACAGCGUCUCUGACACACACACACUCACACACUUACACACAUUCAACACCACAUUCACUGAACCCCUCUAUGCUGGAUUUGGGGUUUAUUUUGCCAGCUCAGUUUCUCUGUGUUAGAUUAAAAAUAACACUUUAAGAAACAAGAGUGAAAGUGAAAGAAAGCAUUAUGCACUAGACGGAUGUCAUCAACAUUUUCACUCACGUCAUUAGCAGUCUCUUGUGCAUGAGCGGCAUUCUGAGAACGUCAUUGGUUAGAGUAAAAAGAUGUUCAACUUUUGAAAACGUUUCAGGUAUGCAUGUCUUUUUUAUUUAACUGCCCUGCAUCUACUGUAGCUUUUUUUUUUUUUUUGUGAAUGUCCCAUGUGGAAGGUUCAAGCAUGUCAGGGACAUGUAAAGUGGAUUUACUUUAAUCUACUUUAAUCAUCAUUAAUUAACAAAUUAAUGAGGUAAAUAUAUGUAUCAAGUUGUAAACAUAUUAAUCUGUUGAUUAAGUGUGGUUUGUCUGUUACACCAUUUUUCUGGAGUUAUGUUUGAAAUGCAUAAGUGUGUCUUUCUUUUUCUUUCAGGAUAUGUUUCUUCUUUUCUUUUAAGUUUUGUAUACUACUGUACUACUGUUCAAAAGUCUGGGGUCACUAAGAUUGUUAUUUAUUUAUUUAAGCAAUCAAUAUUUUAUUUUACUCUGCAGCAAUGCAUUAAAUUGAUUAAAAGUGACAGUGGACUCAAUGCUCAGGAGAGUUUGAGAAUCUCAUAGUUGUAGAGCUUGAAUAGAUUCAAUGAUCAGCUUAUGCCUUGAGCUCAACAAUACUAUGGGUUGUUAUUUUAUCAUGUUACUCAAUACUCAAAGAAAUGUAUGAUUGAUAUUCAUCUCAUUUAUAUUUAUC